GACAAGUCGCCUUUUUUACUUCUCCACGCCCGGCGGCAGCUUGUGCCCUUACUGAUAUUUAUUUUGUAAUUUAAAGUUAAUUACUGAAAAAUGGACACAAGGAAGUUGACUGAAAUUUUGCGUGGAACAAUCGAUCCUGUUCAGAGACAGGCGGCAGAAGAACAGCUUUCCCAGAUCCACAAGAUUAUCGGAUUUGCACCUUCAUUAUUGCAAGUUGUUAUGCAAAAUGAUGUCCCAAUACCUGUAAGACAAGCUGGUGCAGUAUACCUAAAGAAUCUAGUUAGUUCAGGAUGGCAGGAUAAAGAGCCCGAGGAUGGUGAACCUAUACCAUUUAGCAUCCACGAGCAAGACCGCUGUAUGGUCAGGGACAUUAUUGUAGAUGCCAUUAUACAGGCACCAGAUAUAAUAAGAGUUCAAUUGUGUGUCUGUCUUAAAACUAUCAUAAAACAUGAUUUCCCGGCUCGAUGGACUCAGAUUGUGGACAAGGUCAGCAUAUACUUGCAAAGCCCCGAACCGAACACAUGGAUGGGAGCCCUCCUGUCUCUAUAUCAGCUAAUCAAAAACUAUGAGUACUGUAUCGCUGAGAAGAGAAUUCCACUAAAUGAAGCGAUGAAUCUGCUUCUGCCUAUGAUGUACAACUUGAUUGUGAAUCUCCAAGCCGAUCCUUCUGCAGAAUCUGUCCUGAUACAGAAGCAAAUACUGAAAUGUUUCUACGGCCUAAUAAAGUACAUUUUACCUCUAGACCUAAUCACAAAGGAUGUAUUCACCAAAUGGAUGGAAGUGUUACGAGUUGUCAUGGAACAACCUGUGCCGGAGACUACUCUGCAAGUCGAUGAGGAUGAGCGUAUGGAACUACCAUGGUGGAAGUGUAAAAAGUGGGCAGUGCACACAUUAUACAGACUGUUUGAACGGUAUGGCAGUCCUGUGAAUGCCCGUGAGGAGUAUACACAAUUUGCUGAAUGGUACCUAACUACUUUCACUGGUGGAAUCCUAGAAGUCCUUUUGAGAGUACUAGACCAGUACCGAAACAAAGUGUACAUUUCACCGAGGGUUCUUCAACAGACCAUCAGCUACAUUGAUCAAUGUGUGACCCACGCACAUUCUUGGAAGCUCUUGAAACCCCACAUGUUCGCCAUCAUACAAGACGUUUUGUUCCCUCUAAUGUCGUACUCUGAGGCUGAUGAAGAACUGUGGGAAACCGAUCCUCAUGAGUACAUAAGAAUAAAGUUUGACAUAUUUGAGGACUUUGUGUCGCCUGUCACUGCCGCUCAAACACUACUGACCUCUUGCUGCAAAAAGCGCAAAGAUAUGCUGGGACGCACUAUGCAUCUGUGCAUGCAAGUGCUUACCAAUCAAACUUGCGAGUAUGGACCUCGACAACGUGAUGGUGCGUUGCACAUGGUUGGCACGCUCAAUGAUAUCCUCAUCAAGAAGAAGAUGUAUAAAGAUGAAAUUGACUCUCUCCUGAGCCAGUACGUUUUUCCCGAAUUCCUCAGUCCUCUUGGCUACAUGCGUGCUAGGGCCUGCUGGGUUCUGCACAGUUUUGGCAAUAUUCGUUUCAAGAAUGAUCAGCUGCUUCUCGAGGCCAUCCGGUUAAUUGUUACGGCUCUUCUCAACGACCAUGAAUUACCUGUCAAAGUUGAAGCAGCAGUGGCUAUUCAGAUGCUACUGUGUUCGCAAGAGAAAGCUCACAAAUACUUGGAGCCUCAGGUGAAGGCUGUGACAUCCGAAUUGUUGAAGCUUAUUCGGGAAACUGAGAAUGACAACAUUGCGAUUGUCCUGCAAAAGAUAGUACCACUGUACACAGAGCAAUUAAUUGACAUGGCCUACGAGAUCACCGAGCAUUUGGCGACGACGUUUAGCAAAGUAAUUGAGACGGACUUAGGCACCGAUGAGAAAGCUAUUACAGCUAUGGGUCUGCUUAACACCAUGGAGACAGUCCUCACUGUCAUGGAAGAUAAUCCCGAAAUUAUGGCUCAGCUGGAGAAAACUGUGCUUCGUGUUGUUGGACACAUACUGCAUCACAACAUUAUUGAAUAUUACGAAGAAGCCAUGACUCUUCUCUGCAAUUUGACGUCACGAACCAUUUCCGAGGACAUGUGGAAGGUUCUGGAGAUGCUAUAUCAAGUUUUCGAAAAAGAAGGAUUCGACUACUUUACUGAUAUGAUGCCAGUGCUGCAUAACUACAUUACCGUCGAUACAAACGCCUUCUUGUCUAAUGAAAACCAUAUCCUCGCUAUGUUCAAUAUGGCUAAAGCAGUGCUUAACUCAGACGCUGAAGAUGAGUCAGAAAUAUAUGCGGCCAAACUGCUGGAAGUAAUGGUCUUGCAAUGUUCUGGCAAAAUUGACAACUGCCUGCCCUCCUUUGUGGAGUUGGUGCUCAACCGUCUGACGCGGAAAGUCAACACUUCUGAGCUUAGGACCAUGUUGCUCCAGGUCCUCAUUGCCAUAUUGUACUGCAACCCCCAACUCUUAUUCACAAUAUUAGACAAGCUGCAGGAGUCUGUGCCCAACGCAUCUAUCACACAGCAUUUCCUUAAGCAAUGGAUCCAUGAUACUGAUUGCUUCAUGGGAUUGCACGAUAGGAAGCUGUGCGUCCUUGGUAUUUGCACCCUCUUAGAAAUGGGUCCCCAAAGACCUAACCUCGAUGAAAUCAUGCCCAAGCUCUUGCCAUCAUGCCUCGUGCUGUUUGAUGGGUUGAAGCGCGCUUACGAAAUCAGGGCAGAGGCUGAUGAGGAGACUUCUUCCGAAGAGGAUGACGAAGAGGAGGACGAAGAAGUAUUGUCGAGUGACGAAGAUGAUCUCGAUGAAAUGAACAACGAGUAUCUUGAGAACCUUGCCCGCAUGGCCCUCAAGACUAGCGAGCGACAGGGCGUCACCAUGACGGCCAACGUUGAGGAGUAUGAAGAGAGUGACGAUGUGAGUCCACUUAAAGACCCAAGACCCGCUGAAUCCGCUGCGCCACCGCAGAGUAAAGCUUGGCAACCUAUUGAUGAUUAUGAGCCAGAGGAUACCGCCAUAGAAUGCUACACGACUCCUCUUGACGAUAAGGACUGCGUCAUUGACGAAUACAUCAAAUUCAAAACUACGUUGCACACGCUCUCAACUACCGAGCCAGCCCUGUACCACGCCCUCACGAGUGGUCUCAACGAAUCGCAACAGAAGCAACUGAACGCUGUCUUUGUAUUGGCAGACCAGCGCAAGGCACAGCAGGAUAGUAAACGCAUUGAGCAAAGUGGAGGCUAUAUGUUCACCGUACCUGCACAGGUGCCAACCAAAUUCAAAUUCGGCUCGUAAAUCUAUCGUGGCGAAUAUUACUCGUAAACAUUCAUCACACUUGUUGAAUAUAUUCUCCAAUUUGCCGCUUACGCUAUAAUUAAUACAAAUAGGUAUAUCAGCUCUAAAUUGUUCGUACGUUUUAGCAUCGCAGUUAGAGCACUGAAGCCGCUAAGUAAACUGUUCUUAGUUCACAUGCGUAGGCGGCCAGCUAAGGCUUAAAUUCCUAGUGAGGCUGUAGGCUAAUCUAUGCCCUUGAUUCAAGCCCGCGACAACAUCGGAACAGGAGCAUAUAUUACAAGUGUGCUUGUCUUCGAACAUAUAUGUAUACACAGAUGUGACACAUACUAAAUAUGUUUUAAAUACUUACAAAGUGACUGCUAAUGACAAAGGAUUACUGUCAAUUUGAGCAAACUGCUAUUUAUUUUAUCACUUUGUAAAUAUUUAUUAUGUAUCGUUACUUUACUGAUAUUGUGCUUCAUACAUAAUAUGUUAAAAUUAUCUAUUAAUAAUGUAAAAUUCUAUUAUGUAGCUAUUAAUGAGGAUUCGUAGCCAUUUAUUUUGAUUAGAUGAUGCAAAAUACACAUGGCUUUUGGUUGACAAUUUGUUCCUGACGAAGCUAGAUUAUUGAAUGAAUAUAUAUUAUAUUAAUUAAUUAUUAUAACGACAAAGACGAAUAAGGAAAUUGGAGAAAAUUAAAUCGAGUUCCUUUAUGCAUUGCGAUAAUAAUCCACACUUACAUAUUAGUGCCAACGAAAUAUUAUUGUAGUCUAAUUUUAUAAUGAAAUAGGUAUCUAUUGUAUGGAUGAAUUGUGUUGCUCUUAGGUCGUAAUCAAAUUACAAUUAUGUAUUAUGAAGUAACAAUAUCAGUGUUUCAUUAAAAGGGAAAAUCCUUCAGGUAUAAUUAUGCAAAUAUGUCUCGACUCAAGAGGCUAAACACACUGUUUACUCUAGAUUUAUUAACAUAUUAUUAUGAUGGUAUAUUCGGGAAUUAGAUGUUGCAGUUUAAUUCUGUCUGUUCGUAGUUAGAUGGGUUCCGUAUUUUAUUAUAGUUCAAUCAUAAUAUAUCAAUGUUUAAAAUGAUGUUCGUUUAGCAAAAUAUAAUGUGUAAUGAUAAUGAUAAUACGUAAACAUGUCUAAUUCAAUAGUCAAUAGUUUGUAGGUGGUUUUUCCUGAAUAGGAAUUGAUAGUAACAGUCAAAUUUUAAGUACAUAUCAUAACAUGUUGCUUGCUCGUCGUUUAAUUAGGACGAACACUCUGCAGACCUUCCUUCAACGUAGUUAGAAUAUACGGAACCCUUGCAGGUUACAUUAUUAGCAUUAAUCCAAACUUUAUUAUCUAAAUCCAAAGUAAGUUUCGGCCAAUUGUAAUUCAGAAGCAUUGUAAGUAUCGGCCAAUUAUAAUUCAGAAGCAUUAUAACUUUUGGUGGAUUAUAAUUCAGAAGCAUGUUAAUUUCGGUGAAUUAUAAUUCAGAAGCAUUGUAAAUUUCGGUGAAUUAUAAUUCAGAAGCAUUGUAAAUUUCGGUGAAUUAUAAUUCAGAAGCAUUAAAAGUGUCGGCCAAUUAUAAUUCAGAAGCAUUAUAAGUGUCGGCCAAUUAUAAUUCAGAAGCAUUAUAACUUUUAGUGGAUUAUAAUUCAGAAGCAUUGUAAAUUUCGGUGAAUUAUAAUUCAGAAGCAUUGUACAUUUCGGUGAAUUAUAAUUCAGAAGCAUUAUAAGUGUCGUCCAAUUAUAAUUCAGAAGCAUUAUAAGUGUCGGCCAAUUAUAAUUCAGAAGCAUUAUAAGUGUCGUCCAAUUAUAAUUCAGAAGCAUUGUAAAUUUCGGUGAAUUAUAAUUCAGAAGCAUUGUAAAUUUCGGCCAAUUAUAAUUCAAAAGCAUAAUUAUUAGGCCGUUAAAGUAAACAUGUGUUACAGUAAUAAUAUCAACAAGAUGUGUCUAUUAUUUGAUUACGAAAUGUUUUAGAGUAAAAUUAUGAUGUACCUACUCUACUGCCGAACGAAAUAAAUCAAAGUAAGUUAUUGAUUCCAAGACUUGGUUAGUAAGAAAACAUUGUAACUAUUUCCUUCAAUUUUGAUUAGCAUAAUAAGCAGAUUUGUGAUUCUUAUGUAGUUCUUAAAUUUUCAAUACAAGCAUCUGAUGAACCUAAAAUAUUUGCGCCUGUCAAAAGAAUAUGAUUAAACCGACACACGUUGUCUUUUAUUUUCGAUCUCCCUCGUCCUAGUGUCGAAAAUUUCUGCUUACCAGUUCAGUCUAAAGAGAUUCGCAAGACAAUCCUUUACCCCAAAUCCAAAGUUCUUCAAGUUGGUGUCAUCUGCAGGCUGGAAUCCCUCAGGGCAUUCUCUCUUCUCUCUUAUUUUCUAUUUUAUCAAUUUCAUAACUUCCGACGCGUGCGUAUCAUCUGUGUAUGGAUGACUUGCAAUUAUAAUGUCAGGCUGUGGUAGAAUACACACACGUACUUGGAAGACUCUCGAUAUCACAUUCCUGCAGCCAGUUUACAAUUAUGUGGUAAUCCCGUUCAGUCAGAAUGUGAAGACUCGGCCUAAUUAUUGAUAACACACUUACCUUUAUAGUUCCGAUAUACAUGCGCAAACCUCUUUAAAUAUCUUCGGUAUUCUAAUAACCGGCAACCAAUCGUUCUGCACCACCCUAUGCUUGUCUGUCAGAAAAUGCCCAUGGCCUUAAGUCCGCCAAUUUCACGAUGUACGUGCAAUAAAGUUUUAUAUAAAUAACUAAAUAUUCGACAAUUUAUUACAAGGAAAUUCUAAAACUUGGAGUAAAAUGCUGUUGCAUUGUUUUCUUACUAGCUAUUUUUUACAAUUUUUGUUUUUUUUUUACAAUUAGUUUAAAAUACAGAUUAUUAUAAUGUUAUAUGCAUAAAGGAUAUGCAUCAGUAAACUGGCAGUUAUAGUUCGAACGCAAUUGUAUUAAGUUUUAAAAAUUUAUUAUGUAGUUGCCAAAACUUUGUUAUUUCUGUUUACAAUUGGAUGGAAAGAUUAUUACUCGUAUAUAAAUAACAGACUUUGUAGCUACUUUGGGUUGUGUAUAUUAUACACUAUAGUUGAUGCUUAUUUAUUGUCAUCAUUUGUAGAUGUUCGAGUAGUUCGUUAUUAUGAAGUAAUUGUCUUGUAUAUUUGUUAUGAUAAUCUGAACACUGAUUGUAUGCAGAAAUUUUGUUAUUAUGCUUAUUUACUUUCGACAAGUGUUGAUAUAAUUGUUAUAACCAUCACAAUCUUUGGAAUAGUGCUCUGCUUUUAAGAAUUUAGUGGAAUAUGUGUAUGACAAAGUUUAUCUGUUAGACUUAUAAAUAAGGUUAAUCUUAAUAUUUGAGUUCAGAUUCUGACGUUACUUUACAAACACAAUUUGUUACCUUUUAAAUUUGUUAUGUAAUGAUUGAAAUGAACUUUGAAGUUAUUUUAAUGUGGCAUAUAGGGAUGUACUAGUGUAUGAGAUGAGGACUUGUUACUGUUUUCUUCUGGCGUGAGGUGCGAUAAGACUGUUAUUACGUUGCUGGAGUGAAAUCGUUGACUGAUGACCGCCGCAAUCACCGACCGCAGUUCCGCCUACCAGGCCUCGAAGUCGUCUUACAUAGUGGUGUGGUUUAUAAGUGACUGGUUAGAGAUUAGCAUGUAAGGCACCGGGAAGACUACAGAUUGGGCCAAGCUCGUAUAUUUUUUAUGUAAUUAGUCUUAACUUUCAAAUUGGCAAAUUGUUCAAAAUUAUAGGAAAUUCGCGCACUUUUUUUGAUUUAUUUAUAAUUACUUUCACAUAGCUAGCAAAUACAAGCAAAAGUUUAAUAUAUCUAAUAGUGGUCGAUCUCAUAAACAAUAUAUACUCAUAGUUUUUCUCUCAAUUGUGUACUAGAAACAUAGUAAAAUCCGUGUUAGAGUUACAACAAUAAGACACUUGUUAAAUCUUAAACAAGAUAGCUGCAGCUGCGUAAUGCAUUUGUUUCUGAUUGAUGUUGGUGUUUAUUCUACGUGGCGAUUGUAAUGUGUAUUCUAUGCAAUAAAUACUACUAUGUUACUGUAGUGGCACACUUCACGGUUGUUACUUUUCCUAAACAGUCGGUUGGAGCGUCAGCCGACAAAAUGUUGUGUAUGUAUGUUAUUUUAAGCGCUCUUGUCUAAUAGAACUUACUGUCAUCACUGAAUUGUCUGUGUGAUUUGUAUUAUUAUUCUAUACCGCAGCUUAGAUGUAUACACGAUUAUAAAUAAUCUGUAUUUUCUAAA